CUGACCCGCACCAGCCCAAUUGUGUUCGCCUGCUCCGCAGAGGACGCUGCCGCCGCCGCCGCGAUGUCCGAGACCGCUCCCGCCGCCGCCCCCGAUGCGCCCGCGCCUGGCGCCAAGGCCGGGGCCGCCAAGAAGCCGAAGAAGGCGGCGGGCGGCUCCCGAGCCCGCAAGCCCGCGGGGCCCAGCGUCACCGAGCUGAUCACCAAGGCCGUGUCCGCCUCCAAGGAGCGCAAGGGGCUCUCCCUCGCCGCCCUCAAGAAGGCGCUGGCCGCCGGCGGCUACGACGUGGAGAAGAACAACAGCCGCAUCAAGCUGGGGCUCAAGAGCCUCGUCAGCAAGGGCACCCUGGUGCAGACCAAGGGCACCGGCGCCUCCGGCUCCUUCCGCCUCAAUAAGAAGCCCGGGGAAGUGAAGGAAAAAGCCCCCAAGAAGCGGGCGGCCGCGGCCAAGCCCAAGAAGCCGGCGGCCAAGAAGCCCGCCAGCGCCGCCAAGAAGCCCAAGAAGGCGGCGGCGGUGAAGAAGAGCCCCAAGAAAGCCAAGAAGCCGGCGGCUGCCGCGGCCAAGAAGGCGGCCAAGAGCCCCAAAAAAGCGGCCAAGGCAGGUCGCCCCAAGAAGGCAGCGAAGAGCCCGGCCAAGGCGAAAGCGGUGAAGCCCAAAGCAGCCAAGCCCAAAACGGCCAAGCCGAAAGCAGCCAAGGCGAAGAAGGCGGCGCCCAAAAAGAAGUAAAUUAUACCAGAAGAGUCCUGCUCUACAUACUUUAUUAUCCAACGGCUCUUUUAAGAGCCACCCACACUUUCCCUAAAGGAGCUGAGGCACCGAGGUCGUCAGUAACCUGCGGCAAGGAUCCAGUAAUUCGUAAGUCGUCAGAGGUCAAUUACGGCUUUUUUUCUCCCUAGGAUUACCGAAAGAAACGCACUUGAGCGCGGUAUACCGCGGCGGCUUUAGGGAAGUGUGUAGACUUUUACAUUAUUUUCUGCCGAGUAAUUGGUUUGUCUACCAGGAAGCAAUGUUUUAUAAUAAUGAUUUGAUAAAAAUCAGAUGUAUGUGUUUUUUUUUAAGGGUAUAUUUUGUAACAAAAGUAGUGGAUAUGCCAGGCACGCUACUACUGAGCCACGUCUAAUCUAUUGUGUUAAUUCUCUUAAAGUGUCUCCUUAAAUGCUUUUGUGUAUUUGGGGGAGGAGGGGAGGGUUUCCUUAACGACCCGAUAAUGGCUCCGAGCUUUCCCAUUCCUUUUGUUCCCGAUGAGAAAGAGCUUUAAGGAUUGAAAAAGCCCGCCCUGACCAAGGAUUGGCCAGCGGAGAGCCCGGCUCGCUGCCCUGUCCCCCCCCUUCCCCGAAGACGAUUCCGCCUCGUAUCUCUGGUGCUGUUUCCGCCGCUCUCGGAGGAGAGAAACACGGAGGGGGGAGGAGGUACAGCAGCUCUCGCCGAAACAGUGUUCCCAUCUUCUCUGACAAAAGACCUAAACGGAAAACAAUCCAUACCAGGAAUUACUUGCUUUGGGAGGAGGACGUUUUGGCACGACUUUGUUAAAGAAAACGUGAAAAGCGUUGCUACUAUUACCAAGCCAAAAAUAGUGUUAAUAAACAUGCAGAAAAUAAGA